AUGACUGGAACUUCCCCAACCAAAGAGGACCACGUUGAUGUCCUCAUCGUAGGUGCUGGACCUGCCGGUCUCAUGUUAUCGACCUGGCUGAGUCGCUGCGGUGUGAAGACCCGCGUCGUUGACAAGCGUGGUACCAAGAUCUUUAACGGACAAGCCGAUGGUCUGCAAUGCCGCACUCUGGAGAUCUUCGACUCCUUCGAUUUCGCCCACCGGGCUUGGCGCGAAUCAAACCACAUGAUCGAGAUCUGUCUCUGGAAUCCAGAUGAGAAUGGCAUCAUUCGACGAUCUGGUCGCAUUCCCGACACCAUUCCCGGAAUUAGUCGGUUCCAGCAGGUUGUCUUGCACCAAGGUCGUAUCGAGCGAUUCUUCCUGGAUGCAAUGAAAGAACACGGCGACCUGACUGUUGAACGCGGUGUUCUCCCCGUGUCUUUUAAGUUUGACGAGACCAAAGCAGGAGAUUUCAAUGAAUACCCUAUCAGUGUGGAGCUUCGUACGCUCUCCGAUCAGGAGUCCACACCCUCGCAACGCCAACAACAUCACAAAUCCGCCGAUGGCCAGGAAGAAAUCCUUGAGGACGGGCUGUUCCGAAGUAACUUAGUCGCCGAUGAUACAGAUGACUUGAUCCGAUCGGCUGAAAACACCACAAAUCAGAAAGAGCUGAUUAAAGCCAAAUUCAUGGUCGGAUGUGAUGGUGCCCAUUCCUGGGUCCGAAACCAGGUCGGCUUCAAGCUAGAAGGUGACUCGACUGAUUAUAUUUGGGGCGUGCUUGACAUUAUUCCCAUCACCGAUUUUCCCGACAUCAGGCAUCGAUGUGCGAUUCACUCAGCCAGUGAGGGGAGCGUUAUGGUAAUCCCGCGAGAGAACAAGCUCGUUCGACUGUAUAUCCAACUACAGGCGACAGACUACAACAAGACUGGAAGCAAAGUGGACAGGUCAUGGAUCACUCCCAGUAUUAUUCUACAAUCCGCCCAGCGUAUCAUGCACCCUUAUAAGCUGGAUUACACUUACUGUGACUGGUGGACGGCGUACCAGAUUGGGCAACGGGUCGGUAACAAUUUUUCGUUGCAGGAAAGGGUUUUCUUGGCUGGAGAUGCUGUCCAUACGCACUCACCAAAGGCUGGACAGGGGAUGAAUGUUAGCAUGCAAGAUACCUACAAUCUUGGAUGGAAGCUCGCGCAUGUGAUCAAAGGGUAUAGCCAAGGAUCGAUUCUGAAGACUUAUGAGUCCGAGAGAAAGCAGAUCGCGCAGGAUUUGAUUACGUUCGAUCGUCGCUUCUCGAGACUUUUCUCGGGCCGUCCGGCUAAGAAUAUCAUGGAUGAGGAGGGGGUUAGCAUGGAAGAGUUUCAAAACGCGUUUGAGAAAGGCAACGAGUUUGCAAGUGGCAUAGCGGUGAAUUACGGUGGUAGUCAACUUGUUGCGAAAGAAGGCAAGAUCAGCAGCAAACCACUGCUAGCAACAAAGAUCGACAUUGGGAAACGCAUGCCGAGCUUCAAGGUGUUGAAUCACGCCGAUGCGCGACCGUGGCAUCUCCAAGAACUCUUGAAAAGCAAUGGUCGCUGGAGAGUCAUUGUGUUCCCAGGGCGACUGACCGAGCCAUCCAACAUGCAGCGCAUGCGGAGCUUAGGCAAACAGCUUGAGGCACCCGAUUCGUUUAUUCAUCGUUACACACCGCCCGGGCAAUCCAUCGACAGCGUGAUCGAAGUUUUGACAGUUCAUUGUGGACCGCGCGCGGAUAUCGAGCUUCUGGAACUCCCUAACGCGUUCCAUCCCUAUCAUAGCGAUCUUGGAUGGGAUUAUUGGAAAGUUUACGUGGACGAGGAGUCUUAUCAUGAAGGGCAUGGGCAGGCGUAUGCCAAUUAUGGUAUUGACCCGAGCCGUGGCGCUAGUGUCAUUGUUCGUCCGGACCAGUAUGUCAGUUGGGUUGGUGAGGUGGAUGAAUAUCAGGAGAUGUCGCAGUUCUUUUCUGGGUUUAUGAUACAACAGGCUGCUGGGCAGGGCACGAUUGACGGCCUGAAUGCACCACUUGCGACUACACGACUAUAA